ACUAUCUGUGUCACUACGACCACUCGCCUCUCUCAGGACUAAAUCUGAGGACGUCAGCAGGAAAACAGAGUGAAAAUGAGCGGAGGAUGAUGUCAGAUCUUCAAGGUGAAUGCUGACCAGGAUAAGACCCUCAUCGUUUAAGUCCUGCCUGCAUCUACAGUAUAACCAUAAUGCAGUGUCCACAAAAUAUUGAUCAUGAAUACCAGGCUAAGCUGCUUAUGAGAAGACCUUCAGAGACCUGCACAACCAGUCCCCCUCCCCUCAAUCCCCCACAACCACUGGAGGAUAACCUGCUCCUCUCCCCUGCUCUACCUGUGUCCCACCCUUAAUCCCCCCCCUGGACUUUAAAGAAAACUUAAGAGAGGAGAUAUAUGCGAUGGCGGUCUUGAGAGUGAAGUUCACCAAGACCAAGAGGGACAAGCUGGCCCAGGUGCUAUGGAUCCUGAACUGGAUCUCAGUGGUGACAGGGGCCAUUCUGUUCAGCCUGGGACUCUUCCUCAAGGUGGAGCUCAACAAGCGGGAAGAGCUGAUGGCAGAGAGGGACAUCCAGUACGUGCCCAACAUGCUGAUUGCUGUGGGCCUCAUCGCCUGUGUCAUAAACUUCCUGGGUGGGAAGAUCUGCUACGACUGCGUGGACAGCACCAAGUUCUUGCGCUGGAAGCUGAUCAUGCUGCCCUACAUCAUAUGCACCUUCUUCUUCACCUUUUGCGUGCUGGUGGGGGCUCUGAUGUGCUACAGCAUGCGUGGGGAGCUAGAUGAGUCUCUGAACCUGGGCCUGACGGAGGCCAUGAGGUUCUAUAAGGACACGGACACGCCAGGACGAUGCUUCCUGAAAAGGACUGUGGACAUGCUGCAGAUAGAGUUCCAGUGCUGUGGAAACAAUGGCUAUAAAGACUGGUUUCAAAUCCAGUGGGUCAGCAGCCGUUACCUGGAUAUGUCCCAGAAAGAGGUGGUGGACCGAUUAAGAAGUAACGUGGAGGGGAAGUACCUGACGGACGGAGUCCCCUUCAGCUGCUGCAACACCUUCUCCCCCCGGCCCUGCAUCCAGCAGCAGAUCACCAACAACUCCGCUCACUUCAACUACGAGCACCAGGCGGAGGUGCUGAACCUGUGGAUGAAAGGGUGCCGCCAGGCGCUGCUGGAGUACUACACCCACAUCAUGCAGUCCAUCGGCCUCACGGUCCUCAUCACCUGGCUGUUUGAGCUGUCGGUGUUGACAGGUGUCCGUUUCCUCCAGACUUCUCUGGAAAACGUGCUGAGACAGGGCGACCCCGACUCUGAGUCUGACGGCUGGCUGCUGGAAAACAGCUUCAUGGAAACGGCCCGUAGCAACCUGAACAUCAUCAAGAGCCUUGGCAAGUGCAACCAGAUAGACACGGCCAACAAUGGAGACCCCAACAUCAAUGUUCCCUCCACCUCUAAAGCACACUAUGGGCCAGACAACGUGCCCCCGAAGCAAACGCCUGAAGCCAGUUGACAUUUCUCCGGCCUCAGUGAACAGCCUCCUUGAAGGCUGAAGCAAGGGCCUUCAUCCCGACUACUUAAAAAAAAAAAAAGACUUGUUCGUAUCGCAUUCAUCGGUAUGUAAUCCAUAUGAAUCAAAAUCUCUCCAUAGAUGCUCCCUUUACAUUGAUGCAUACAUCAUUAACAUACAUAAAUCACCACAAAUGUACAUAUUUUUCUGCACAUCUGUACACACCUGUACUGUAAUCUGUUGUUUACAAAUGAUAUCUUGCUGCCUGUGUAUUGUGUGGUUUUGCAACAGGUCAGUUGCAACACUGGAGUCAAAAUGAACUUGAAAUACAUCAUUGUUUGAUGAAGACAAGUUAGUGAUGGGGGUCAGAAGGUGAAGCCCACUUGUUUUUUUUCUGCCUGAUUUUGCCUGAAAGUAUGAUAUAAAAUGGAAUUACAAGAGUUUAGAAAAGCAGUUUGAAAGAUAAAUAAAUUCCACUAGUAGUGGAACAGGGUGAUCUGGCCUCAAGUUAAAUAUGUCUCGCAGUAUAAGACCUGGAGGAGCAUGAUGAUGACUUUUAGAUUAGUUCUGGGUGUUAAAGUCGAUUGUAACAUUUUUGGAUCCCUUCUGUGCAUUUUACCUUUAGCAAACACAUACAGUAUGGUCUUGCUUUCACUUUAGUUAAAAGCACAUAACCAGACAGAGAUCUGAUUGAUAACACAUUCUAAUAAUUUUCUAGAACUUUUGGC